AUGUAUUUGGUGGAGAUACGCGAAUCGUAGGGGGACAAGAUUCUCCAUAUGAAUUCUCUAUGUACCAAGUCUCCAUACGUAAGCACCGAAAUAAUAGUGAAUGGCACACCUGUGGCGGCUCUGUAAUACACAGAGAAUGGGUUUUGACAGCUAGUCACUGUACAUAUGGUAUUGAUGCCAAAGCACUUUCCAUAGUGGUUGGAUCAUACACACCGCGAUCAGGUGGCGACCGUUACACAGUAAAGAAAAUUAUAAAUCACGAGAAAUACGUGGAAAGAUAUUUGAAAAAUGACAUAGCUCUGAUAAAAAUCGACGGUAAAAUCAAAAUGAAAUGGAACGUUGGAGCAAUCAAAUUGAGGAAGGAGCCUGUGGUUGCCGGAACAACUUGUGCUUUCACAGGAUGGGGUAAAACUGACAAUCAUGGAACUGCGCCGAAAUAUCUGCAAGCUCUGCUCUUGGAGAGUAUUAGCAAUAAGGACUGCAAGAAGCAGUUAAAAGGUUCAAACUUUCUUCCUAUUGAUGACAAACAGCUCUGCUUGAUAGCUCCAAGUGAGGAGGGUGCUUGUAGUGGUGAUUCGGGAGGUCCUCUGGUCGCUUUUGAUGGAAAGAAAAGCUUUGUUCAAGUUGGAGUUUUGUCCUGGGAACCGUUUCCGUGCGCUAAUAACUACCCACAUGUUUUUGCGUCAGUUUCCGGUUAUUAUGACUGGAUUGCGAAAAAUAUGAAGGAUUAAAUUAUGUGUUUUGACAAAUCAUUGAUUG